AUGAGUGGUCUAAAAGUUCAGUUAUCAGAGUUGGGCCAGGUGGAUGGCUCAGCGAGAGUGUCUAUUGGAAAUACAGUCGUGCUUGUAUCUGCAGCGGGGCCAAUCGAAGCCAAACCCAGACAAGAGUUGCCAACACAAGCGAGUUUAGAAAUAGUGGUUCGUCCGAGCCGAGGAGUCAGUGCAACAAGAGAAAAGGUUCUAGAAGACUUACUUAGAUCCGUACUACAGCUGGUCAUAGUGCGUUAUCGUUAUCCUCGUCAACUCAUCCAGAUUGUCGUUCAGUUUCUCACCACCGAUGUCGACAGAGAAGGCUCUAUUGUGGUUUCCGGAGAUACAGCAGCUUCUGGUGGUGCAUUCACAUCGAAUGAGCUCAGUGCCGCCCUUAAUGCUUGUUUUUUUGCUUUGAUUGACGCCAAUGUCGCUCUUUAUAAUUCCUUUGCAUCUGUUUCCGUUGCUAUCGACAACGAGGGUAAAAUCAUCGAAAGCCCAACCUUGAAACAACUUCAAGACAGCUCUAGUCAUCAUGUCGUAUGCUUUGACAUACGAGACAAAAAGGCCCAUAAAAUUUUGCUCGUGGAAAGUGAUGGCUCCUUUUCCGAAGAGCAGCUCUUUCGCGUCAUAGAACUUGCCUCCAGCUCUUGUCAAAAGAUCCACAAGACGAUUCAGCGUCCACUUAUUGAGAGCAAGGUGAAACAAGACUUUAUUUGGUCAAGCUGA